ACGGGCGGGAUCAAGGCGGCAACUAGGAAGUUGAGGUUUGACCAUAGGUUUUGACACAAAGAUGUUUACAUAGUUUAAUCGCGUGAACUUUCCAUCGUUUGGACCACGGAACGGUCAGGCAGUACCGCUAACAAGACCAACGAUAACUAACACGGAACCGAAUAUGCAGACUGCACGAAAGCGACGAGGCAACGACUCACACACAACAACACAAACUAGUGUCCCCUGUUCUUCGUGUUCGCCUGCAUGUGUCCAGAAACACGAAUAUUGGAGGCGGCGCGACUUCAUACAAAGUCAACGGUUGGACGCGCAAAUGAAAGCGAACUAAGCACUCCUGGUGGUUUUAAGGAAAAUGUGACACAGCAGAAAAGUCAGCGCUUCCACUUUGACCUGUGGUUCUGUCUGACUCUGCAGAACUGGAUAUUGGACUUUGGAAGGCCUAUCGUAAUGAUCAUCCUUCCUCUGGAGUGGUUUCCUCUGAACAAGCCCAGUGCUGGAGACUAUUUCCACAUGGCCUACAAUGUCAUAACACCAUUCCUAAUGCUCAAGCUGAUUGAGCGCAGUCCCAGGGCGCUUCCUCGCUCUGCUGUCUACCUCUGUAUCAUCACGUUUGUUAUGGGAGCGAGCAUCCACCUGGUGGGAGACUCCAUCAACCACCGGCUCAUUCUGAGUGGCUACCAGCUCCACCUGUCAGUCAGAGAGAACCCCAUCAUCAAAGACCUCAGACCUGCCUCUCUGAUCGACUCCUUUGAGCUGCUGUAUUAUUAUGAUGAACAGCUGGGACACUUAAUGUGGUAUAUUCCUUUCUUCAUUAUUUUGUUCAUCUACUUCACCGGCUGCUUCACCAAGGACAAAGAACAAAAGAACAUUCCUAUCUCUGGCUGGCUGUUGCUGGGACCUAGCGCCCUCUACUAUUGGUACCUUGUCACUGAGGGACAAAUCACUGAACUUUUCCUCCUCACCUUCUUUGCCAUGGUUGCCAUGGUGAUACAUCAACAGCGUAAAGGUCUCAGCCCAGACAGCAAUGGCCUCUUCAUGUUCUGUAGUUUCACUGUUACUGUGCUUCUGGUGGCACUGUGGGUGGUCUAUUUGUGGAACGACCCAGUGCUGCGCAACAAGUACCCCGGACUCAUUUAUGUGCCAGAACCCUGGUCCUACUACACCUUACAUAUCAAGAAAAACCACUGAAUUAGCCUACAUCUGUCCAGGUCUGUGUUUGAAGAAAAAGUAUUUCCGAAUGCCUUGACGUCAGAACUGACGGAUGCAUAUAUUUUCUUUCGUCACCAGAUUUCCUGUGACAGAGAUAGUGGCUGCACUGUCAAACACAAGGUUCCACUGGCUUUAGCCAUGUAUUCAGAAGGGGAUUUUCUACUUGGAUCUUGUGACAUGAGCAAUUUGAAACAUGUAGCUCAGCAAGCAUGUUUUAUAAUCAUUACCUACUUGUGUUUUCCUUAAUGGGAUUUUUUUUUAAUUGAUGGUGUAAUACCAUGGCAGGCAUUAAAGGCAAAAAUUAACUGUGGUCCCCCCACCCCACUCCACACUCACACACAUUUCUCUGACCCAUGCUACGCUGAAAACUACCAGUAAUACAACCCUGCCCUAGGUUUACUGUAUGUGAGUUAGUUUGUGAUAUUAUUAUUUAUAUAGGAUGUGCCCCGUGUGACUGUAAUGUCAACAGAAAUGAUAAAGAUACUAAAGUUAGACUUUGACACAGGACCCCUGUCUAAGACAGGCCUCAAGAUUGGGUAAAAAUUCAGGAGCCACUAUGGACCCUUUAACAUUUCAGUUUUUGAUUGUGCUUUAGUGGCGCAUAUUUGCAGACAAUUUUACAAUUAUUUAAAUUACCACAAAGUAAGUGCUCUCAGACAACCUGGGGCCUUCGGGGCACCUGAGGAUUUGGGAGCCUGGGACAGUUGUGCGAUUUGCAACAUUGGUAAUCCAGCCUUGUAAAAAAACCCAAAUAAACCCCAGCAUGAAUGGCAAAGUUGAACUAAAGGUGAAAAUACUGUAUGUACAGUAGAUUCAUUGAAAAAUGUGUAAAACAAUUCUUACUUUGCUUAAUUACCAAAGACUCCAAUUAGUCGACGACUAAAUGCUGUAAGGCUGACGAAAAAUGAUCAGGUUCAAUAAAUUUACUGCCAGUUACAGCUGCUCCUGUCUGGUUUCCAGGAAAGAAAAGAAGAAGAAGAUAGCAUACAUUUCUGACUGAUCAUCUAAACACACUGGUAUAAAAAACAUUAAUAAUAAAUUGUAAUAUAGCACUUUUCCAAAGGUGCACUGUCUUUUCAAGAUGCACAAACUUUAACAAGACAGUACCGUUGGAACAAUGGCUUGAAAGAAGUAAAAACAACUAUUUAGGUCCAAGUACUGCAAAAAAGAUAAAACAACCAAAUAUAGUAAUACAAUAUGACAAAGCAGUGUCAUGUCAACAACAGGGUCUGUUGGUUAGUCAGAAAGGCAAGUCUAUAAACAUGUUUUGAAGCAGGAUUUAAAACCAGACUAAAUAAAUAAUAUUAAAUGAAGGACUGUUCCAAAUCUAUAAUUUUUUUAAAAAGGUAUUUAAGGUUUGAUAGAUUUUACUGUACUUCACAUUGUCAUUCAUUUAGGCAUGAGAGCUGCGAACUAUUCCCUAAUAUCCUCUGCACUUAUUUCCUGGUCAUUGAUUAGAUAGUGUUUACAUUUACCUCUAAAUAAUAACCAACAUACACUCAUUGACAACGACAUGCUCUUCUUUAUUGCAUUAUAUCUGACAUGAUGUGUCUAAUAAGUAAUGGAAUGGGAAGAAGUAUGAAUGCUUUUAUAUUCAAAAGGUCAAGGAAACAUGAGCAGAUGACUGUUAAGAUACAAAGGAAACAUUUUUUUUAUAAAAGCAGAAUUUAACUGAUAAAUUGUUACUAUGCUGGGUUUUUUUACAUGUUAAGUGGACUUCUUUGCCUUUCGAUUUGUUGUUCUUAAUGUAAAAUUGUGAUUGUUGUACAGUAUUGACCCUUUGCUUAAGAUGACUUUGUUGCUUGAAAAAUACAGUUACUGGUUCCUCACUGGUUAAAUUCUGAUUAUGUAAAUCUUAAUUAAAAUGUUGUAAUUGA